AUGUCUGAGUUUGAGAUGAGCGACCUUGGACUUCUCACAUUCUAUCUCAGGAUAGAAGUGGCACAAGAAGAAGGACAAAUAACUCUCAAGCAAUCAGCAUAUGCCAAGAAGGUGUUGACUCAAUUUGGUAUAGCGGAAUGCAACGCAACUAAAGUGCCGAUGGAGCCAAAUCCAUAUAUUCAUAAAGACCUAGAUGGAGAGCUGAUGGAUCCAAUUGAAUACCGACGAGUAGUUGGAUGUCUAAGGUACUUACUACGCACCCGUCCAGAUUUAUCAUACUCAUUAGGAAUUGCAAGCAGGUUCAUGGAGAGACCUACAACUAUGCACCAAAAGGCUGUGAAGCAAAUCCUGAGAUAUUUAAAGGGAACAAUUCAACAUGGAUUGAUCUAUCAGAAAGAUGGAGUUGGAGAAAUCAUCAUCGGAUAUUCAGAUAGUGACAUGGCAGGAGACCCAGAUACAAGGAAAAGUACUGUGUCGAGCAAAAGCUAA